AUGGCUGUAGAAAAAUCUCUAGAAGUAGAUUUCCGAGAUCCUGCUCAUGAUCCUCGUAUUGUACCAGGUAAUACUGUAACUUAUUUAAGAACAAUUCAAGGUUUUUAUAAAGAAAUAUUGGACUAUCCUGUAAAAUAUAAUCAUGUUAAUGCACAACAAUCAAUUCGUGAAGUACUAAAUAAAUAUGGUGAAACAUAUAGUAAAUUAAGUGAGUUAUAUGAUAACGAACAUCAUCUCAGUUAUAAUGAAGUAUCAAUUAAAAUAUAUACGUUUCAGUCAUGUAUAUACGCACAGUUAAAUAAUGCUUUAAGAAAUGAUGAAAAAGAAGUUUUAUUAUUAUUUUCGCCGUAUAUAUAUAGCUUAUUAGGAGGUUUACAAGAGCCUAAAAGACAUUAUCAUGGUGUCGUGUAUCGUGGCAUGGGUUUGGAAUCUGUAGCAUCAUCGGCAUAUAAAAAAGGAUUAUUAUUUUAUUGGUCAGGUUUUACAUCCUGUACUAAAGAGUUAAAAAUCGCAACUAAAUGGAAUGAAUGUACUGCUGUCUUUUUUAUUAAUAUACCACAAAGAUUUUCUCAUGCAUGCUCCAACAUAGAAGAUAUAUCUAAGUUUCCAUCUGAAAAAGAAGUACUAUUGCAACCGUAUACAUGUUUUCGUGUUCUAAAUGAUCCUAUUCAAUUUAAAGACAGUGGAAAAGAUGUAAAAAAAAUAGAACUAGUGAUUGAAGGUACUGCAUGUAAUUUAUCUGGUGUGUGGACAUGUGAUGACAAUGAUCAUAAUGUAAAAGAUGCUGGCACAUAUUGUAUAAGUCAAUACGGACAAAAGGUAUUCUGGUUUGGACAACAAAAUAAAGCACGAUGGAAUUUUGCCAAUGUCGGUUAUGGUACAAUAAAUAAUGAUCACGAACUGACAAUACAAUGGGGUGAUCUUCCACUUGCACAUGAUAAAUAUUCUGGUAUAUUAAUACUUAAACUAUCACCAGAUUAUCAAAGUAUGCUAAAAACAUAUGACAGUAAUAAAAUAUUUUGGGGUACAGAAUUUCGUCGAAUAUCAAACGAAUAUUUAGAUAAAUUUGAAAUUGAUAAAAAUAUGAAAUGGAAAACGGCAGAUGAUAUGAGCGGAUGUUGGGACGGUGAUGAUGGAUCAUGUUAUAUCAUUGGUACUUGUCAAAAUCAAAUAUAUUGGUUAGCAAUCGAUAAAAAUAAUAGAUGGUCACAUAUUGGUGUAGGUACACACAAAAAUAAUAUUAUUAAUAUGAAUUGGGGUGAUUUAAUAAUUGGUCAAGAUAGAUUUCAUGGUGAAAUAGAAUGCAGAAUUAUAUCAAGUAAUAAAAUAUUGAUCAUAAAAUGUAUUCAUGCUCAAUUUUUAACGAAGGAAUUAACAAAAAGAAGUUAA